CUCUUCUUCUCCACCUUCUCUCCAUUUUCUCUUUCUCAUAUCCAUCUCUCUACUUCUACUCAUCUUCCUCCUUCUGAAACUCACAUCUUUCCAAAAGCGACCAAGAUCAACGAAAUAACCGAUUCUUGGUCGAUAUCAUCGAUCCUCGUUUGGUUCUUGUAAAUAUAUAACUAUAGUCUAUAGAAAAUAUAAACAUGAAGCGAGGUCUAGAGAUGGCGAGAAGCUACAAUGAUCACGAAAGCAGUCAAGAAACCGGACCCGAGUCACCAAAUUCUUCAACCUUCAACGCUGGCAUCUCUUCUCAUUCACCUAAACGAAGCAGGAGAUCCAUAGAGAAGAGAGUAGUGAACGUACCGAUGAAAGAAAUGGAAGGAACUCGGCACAAAGGCGACACAACUCCACCGUCAGAUUCAUGGGCCUGGCGUAAGUACGGCCAAAAGCCCAUUAAGGGAUCUCCAUACCCUAGAGGUUAUUACCGUUGUAGUAGCACGAAAGGUUGUCCGGCGAGGAAGCAAGUCGAGAGAAGCAGAGACGACCCAACGAUGAUCCUCAUCACUUACACUUGUGACCAUAACCAUCCUUGGCCUCUCACUUCUUCUUCAAGAAACGGACCUAAACCCAAACCCGAGCCCAAACCCGCACCGGAAGUAGUACCCGAGGUGGAGCCGGAGGAUGAGGAGGAGGGUAAUAAUAAUAAGUUUAUGGUUCUUGGGAGAGAGAUAGAAACGACGCCUUCUUGCGUCGUAGACGAGUUCGCGUGGUUUAGUGAGAUGGAGACAACUUCUUCGACGAUUCUUGAGAGUCCGAUAUUCUCGUCGGAGAAAAAGACAGCUGUCUCGGCGGAGGCGGAUGACGUGGAGGUGUUUUUUCCGAUGGGAGAGGAGGAUGAGUCUUUGUUCGCGGAUCUCGGCGAGUUGCCGGAGUGUUCGGUGGUGUUUCGUCACCGGAGUAGCGUAGUGGGGUCACAAGUCGAGAUCUUUUAACACGUGGUCGUAUUUUAUUGGAUAUUGUUGUCGCUCACAUGGGAGGCGUUGUACGCACGGCGUUGUUCUUUUUUUUUUUUUUUAAAGUUUCUCAACGGUAAUCACAAUAAACAUCAUAAGAAGAAGCCACUCUCUCUAUACUUAUUAUUAUGGGAAAAAAAAAGGUAUGAUUCGAUUUUGUAAUAUCCUUUUUUCGUUAUAUCUCUCUACUUUUU